AUGCUCAUUCAACGAUUAUGGUCAGCACGAUAUUCCAGGACAUUAUUAAACUUGAGGCGAUGCUGCAGUACAGCAAAUGCGAAGCCAUCAUCACGUCUAGUUCCCUUAUCGUCAUUAAAGCCAGAUGAGCUAGGGCACUCGAUUCUGUUCUGUAAGCAGACGCUUCCUCCAGGAUCGCCACGAACUCCUCAUGACAUGGUAGCCACAAAUGCGAAGCCAUCAUCACGUCUAGUUCCCUUAUCGUCAUUAAAGCCAGAUGAGCUAGGGCACUCGAUUCUGUUCUGUAAGCAGACGCUUCCUCCAGGAUCGCCACGAACUCCUCAUGACAUGGUAGCCAGUGGGGUGUUCAUAGCUAAGGUACUCUCUCUGUCUUCUUCAGCGGUGGGUGCGGUAAUGGUGCCUGUACUGACAUCUUAUCUAUGGGAAGCGGCUACGGAAAGGCCAUCUAUGAUGAUGUUCACUGUUGUUGCGAACACAUUCCUUGUUCUGUUGUCCUUCACUCCACUUCUGCUGCAUUUCUUAGCCAAAAGGUUUCCUAUAAACCUUUACUACAAUCACGACACAAAGACCUUUACAUCUGUGCACUAUAAUUUCUUUCUACGGAAGAUGGCCUUGCGAUUCCAAGCGCAUGAAGUGGUCGACGCUCAAAUAGCACCCGAGAUGAGAAAGGUCUGGAUCCCACUGGCGACGGCGUUUGUCCGUAAGAGGCCUCUGCUGAUUUCUCUUGACAGGAAAGCUAGCAUAGCACUUGAGAAAUCGGUGACUUCUCUUUUGAAUAACAAUGUCAUCUUGAACAUUUGGAAGGCGCCUCGCGCUAACGAUUUGGAGGUCGUAGGGCUGAGAAUUAUAACAAAUGCGAAGCCAUCAUCACGUCUAGUUCCCUUAUCGUCAUUAAAGCCAGAUGAGCUAGGGCACUCGAUUCUGUUCUGUAAGCAGACGCUUCCUCCAGGAUCGCCACGAACUCCUCAUGACAUGGUAGCCAGUGGGGUGUUCAUAGCUAAGGUACUCUCUCUGUCUUCUUCAGCGGUGGGUGCGGUAAUGGUGCCUGUACUGACAUCUUAUCUAUGGGAAGCGGCUACGGAAAGGCCAUCUAUGAUGAUGUUCACUGUUGUUGCGAACACAUUCCUUGUUCUGUUGUCCUUCACUCCACUUCUGCUGCAUUUCUUAGCCAAAAGGUUUCCUAUAAACCUUUACUACAAUCACGACACAAAGGUCUGGAUCCCACUGGCGACGGCGUUUGUCCGUAAGAGGCCUCUGCUGAUUUCUCUUGACAGGAAAGCGUACGUGGAUAAGCUGGCUUUUGAUGAGAUGACGAAGAACAUCGAAAUUCCGGCUAAUCAUGAUUGA